GCUGCCAGCGUGGAUACCGCGGCGGGCCGCGGGAGGCGGAAGUAGCACUCGGACCGCGGAGCCUCCAUCGGGCUCCGCCGGCCGCCUCAGCCAUGGACGCGUCCCUGGAGAAGAUAGCAGACCCUACAUUAGCUGAGAUGGGAAAAAACUUGAAAGAGGCCAUGAAGAUGCUAGAGGACAGUCAGAGGUGAGCCUGGAACAGAAGUGACCCUAUUAAACGUGUUCAGCCUGUUGUGAAGCUGGUGGCACUGGUUUCCUGCUGAAGAACAGAGGAAGAAAAUGGAAAGAAGUCAUCAGGAGAUAUUCCGGGGCCACUCCAAGGCAGUGGACAAGACAUGGUGAGCCUCCUCCAGUUAGUUCAGAACCUGAUGCACGGAGAUGAAGACGAGGAACCCCAGAGUGCCCGAAUCCAGAAUAUUGGAGAACAAGGUCAUAUAGCUUUGCUGGGGCAUAGUCUGGGAGCUUAUAUUUCGACCCUGGACAAAGAGAAGCUUAGAAAACUUACGACCAGGAUACUUUCAGACACUACAUUAUGGCUAUGCAGAAUUUUCAGGUAUGAAAAUGGCUGCGCCUAUUUCCACGAAGAAGAAAGAGAAGGACUUGCAAAGAUCUGCAGGCUUGCUAUUCAUUCUCGUUAUGAAGACUUCGUAGUGGAUGGUUUUAAUGUGUUAUAUAAUAAAAAACCUGUCAUAUAUCUUAGCGCUGCUGCUAGGCCUGGCCUGGGCCAGUACCUUUGUAAUCAGCUCGGGUUGCCCUUCCCCUGCUUGUGUCGUGUGCCAUGUAACACCAUGUUUGGAUCCCAGCAUCAGAUGGAUGUUGCCUUCCUGGAGAAACUGAUUAAAGAUGAUAUAGAACGAGGAAAACUGCCCCUGUUGCUUGUAGCAAAUGCUGGAACUGCGGCAGUAGGGCACACGGACAAGAUUGGACGUUUAAAAGAACUCUGUGAGCAGUAUGGCAUGUGGCUUCAUGUGGAGGGUGUGAAUCUGGCAACCUUGGCUCUAGGUUAUGUCUCCUCAUCAGUGCUGGCUGCGACCAAAUGUGACAGCAUGACAUUGACUCCAGGUCCAUGGCUGGGCUUGCCAGCUGUCCCUGCGGUCACCCUUUAUAAACACGACGACCCAGCCUUGACUUUAGUUGCCGGUCUUACAUCAAACAAGCCAGCGGACAAACUCCGUGCCCUGCCGCUGUGGUUGUCUUUACAGUACUUGGGGCUUGAUGGGAUUGUGGAGAGGAUUAAGCACGCCUGCCAGCUGAGUCAGCGGUUACAAGAAGGUUUGAAGAAAGUGAAUCACAUCAAAAUCCUGGUGGAAGAUGAGCUCAGUUCUCCAGUUGUGGUGUUCAGGUUUUUCCAGGAAUUACCAGGCUCAGAUCCAGUGCCCAGAGCCGUCUCCAUGCCCAGCGCGGCACCUUCAACAGUCGGCCGGGAAAGACACUGCUGUGACGCCCUGAAUCGCUGGCUAGGAGAGCAGCUCAGACAGCUGGUGCCCACGAGCGGCCUCACGGUCAUGGACCUGGAAGUGGAGGGCGUGUGCAUCCGGUUCAGCCCUUUGAUGACCGCGGCAGUUUUAGGCACGCGGGGGGAGGACGUGGAUCAGCUCGUGGCCUGCGCGCAGAGCAAGCUGCCCGUCCUGACCUGCACACUGCAGCUGCGGGAGGAGUUCAAGCAGGAGGUGACAGCCACAGCAGGUCUCUUGCACGUCGAUGACCCAAACUGGCCUGGAAUAGGGGUUGUCAGGUACGAACAUGCUAACGAUGACAAGAGCAGUUUGAAGUUAGAUCCAGAAGGGGAAAAAAUCCAUGCUGCGCUCCUGAAAAAGUUAAAUGAACUGGAAUCCGACCUUACAUUUAAAAUGGGCCCUGAGUACAAAAGCAUGAAGAGCUGCAUCUACAUUGGCAUGGCGAGUGACGAUGUGGAUAUUUCGGAACUGGUAGAGACCAUUGCGGUCACAGCCCGAGAAAUUGAGGAGAACUCACGGCUUCUAGAAAACAUGACAGAGGUGGUUCGAAAAGGGAUCCAGGAAGCCCAGGUUCAGCUGCAGAAGGCAAACGAGGAGCGGCUUCUGGAAGAGGGGGUGCUGCGGCAGAUCCCCGUCGUGGGGUCCGUGCUCAACUGGUUUUCUCCGGUACAAGCUUCACAGAAGGGAAGAACCUUUAACUUAACAGCAGGCUCCCUGGAGUCCACGGAACACACCUAUGUCUACAAGGUACAAGGCACAGGCGUCACACCCCCGCAGACCCCCACGGGCACACGCACGAAGCAGAGACUUCCAGGCCAGAAGCCUUUCAGGAGGUCCCUGAGAGGUUCCGACGCUCUGAGCGAGACCAGCUCAGUCAGCCACAGUGAGGACCUGGAGAAGGCGGAGCAGCUGAGCGGUGCGCCCGAGCCCGACACCCCGGAGCCCGGCGGCCCCGAGCCCCCUCCCAGCACUCGCGCCCCGCAGGACGCCGAGCAGACGGGUGCUCUCCGGAGCGGGGCCCAGCGCCCGGAAGACGACCGUCCGCAGGUAGAAGAACCGGAGAGCUUAAGAUAAAAGUCAGUGUUGUGCUUGGAGACUGUAGUAUCGUUUCAGGGAAGAAGUUCUACUGACAAUGUGAACCGUGCCACGUGCUAAUGCGAGAGAAAUGACUGUUGUUUGUGCGGAACUGGCAUUUUUGCACACAUCUGUGCCUGAAAGCCAGACUUUCUAGAAGGGCAGUUGAUUGUCUCAUUCCAUGGGUCUGUGGAGCAACUCCUGUCGUUUCUGUCUGCCCAGCUGUAGUUUGCACCGGUUUCCCCCGUUACAUAAACACUUUGAUUCACAACACUUAGAGCUCAAGUGCCCACCCCUUGGAACACUCGCGCUCGCCUUUCUAGACCCAAGUGUAAGACGCUAUAUGCGGUUACGUGUACCUCUCCGCUGAGGCCGCUUUCGUUAGAGCACGCUGGGCUCGCGCCACCCAGUGCGCGGGGACAGCGGGCAGGGCGGGCGCUCGGUUUGGUGGGGCCGCAGCGCUCGACGGGUGUGGAUUCGGCUCUAAGGAGACGGAUUCAGUGGGAUAGUAAGCGAGCCUGAGCCCGGGCCUCCUGUGCCCACUGCUGCUUCCCCGGGGCUGUGGGGGCCGGGAGCCCCCCGCCGCAGGUCAUUUCUCCCUUUAUGUACUAUUUGUAAACACAUUAAAGGACUAUCUAUGAAGAGUAACUGUAAAACUCUUGACCAUAUAUAUGUAUAUUUUUAAAUAUGGGUAAAGCUUUUAAAUUGGCACACAGGUGCAGGCUGUGCUCAUUUCUACGUUUAAUAUCUGAAAACCUGAUAGAGAUGCUCCUCUUAACCAAUGUGAACUAAGUUCCAAUUCUAGAACAAGUAGAUCUUUGACCCGGUUGACAUGGGAGCUUCUGUGGCUUCUCCCCACUAGCAACUCACCUCUUUGGGCCCAGCUCAGAAACAAGAACCAGCGACAUCCCCUCGCCCAGGCUAGGCAAGCCAGACCACUGCGGAAAUAACUAGAAGUAAGCCCUUAAUUACUGCCCGUUUCUACUUCUCCAGAAUUACCGCGCCUCUUCAUUUAUCCUAGGUAACGGCCCCUGUGCCUUCAGACCGGCCAAGUCAGGCUACGGCCGCCUCAAGGUAGUGGGGAUUCACACUGGGCUUGUGGAAUGUCCUGUUGGAAGCCUUAGUUACACCGUAUUAAGCCUAUAAUUAGACUCUGAUUGGAUGUGAUCUCUGACAUUUGGCACUUGUCAACAUUUUUUUUUUUUUUUUUUGGGUGCAGAUGAUUAGUCUUCCCUGUUUAUUUGGUGCAAUGAAGUAUAGCAGAUAAAAUGGGGAAAGGAGAAAUUAUCGCCUUUAACAAGAUUAAUUUUUAAACGUUUUUAUAUAUAUUUGGAAUUGUUAAAUUGGUUUUGCUGAAACAGAAUUUCACCCUUAAGACACUAUUUGAAUGUUGGUUUCAAUAAAGGUUCUUGAAAUUGUUA